GGCAGGGUUAUUUUCCCCUCGGCUGAUAGACACCAACCUCCCACCCCCUCGCCGGCCCGCGGAGGGGAGCAGCAAGCAGGUAGGGCAGCGCGCUCGGAGCUGCGCGCCCAGAGGAAGUGGUGAGAGCAGCAGACGUGUUGUGCAGCUGAACGGGGCUGCAGGCUAGCGAGGGGUUGACGGGGGCCGCGGGCACCUGCUCCAGCCAGCCCUGGCCCAGGCAGCGCGGGGAUGGUGUAAGAGGGAAGGAAGCAGCAGCAGCCGCCGGCCUUGGGAACAGGUAGGGCCUGUGUGACCCCCUGCCUUGGGCAAGGUGCGUGGAGAUGCACUAGGAGCUCACUGGUUUCUUGGUCGGGGUACGCGUGUGAGUGUGAGUGUGUGGGUGUGAGAGACUAGCGCCAACCCCAAACACACUCAGCCCAGUACCCUGGCAAAAGAGGCUUUGCCUUAUGCUAAGCAGGGCUGGGCAUGGUUGUUUCUUGGGCGGGAGACCUUGACUAAGGACUAGCCCGGUGCAGGAAGGGGUCUUGUCUGUGCAGAUGAGGCUUUCCCAUCCUAUGUGGGAGGUGGGAUUUGGGCUCUGGCUGGAGCCAAUGCCCCCCCCGGGCACUUCCACGGACAGGACAUUGGGUAGAAAGGCAUAGCAGCAGGCUGAGAAGGGCAAGUUUUAGUGAAUACAAAGGCCACUUCCACUCUUUUCUUGCCCUAAACCUUCCCCUGGGUUGUAACCCACAGGCUGGCGCUCUAAAUGUAGUGUAGAUGAGCUAGGACAUGCUGCAGCCAGCUGGGCUGGCGAAAAGCUGCUACGUUCCACCCCAGAGGUGGCCGAACUUGGGAGGGGACGAAGCCCUAGGGCUUUAAAGAGGUGUAAGGCCAUGCUGAUGCCCCAGAAAGGUACUUUAUCCUGGCCUCUUCUACCCGGGUUCCUGAGCCCUUCUUGUGCACGCAGCACCCACGCCCUCCCCCUCUGACACGCCUGUUUACACUUACAUGUCUCACGGGGCGGAUGUGCUGACACUGCACUAGCCAUCCCCACCACGAGCCUUAGCCCUGAUUCGGUGCUUUCCAUUGGCAAGUCCAAGUGCCUUACUGAGGAGAUUGGGGGCUUGGGGCCAUUUCCCAGAUUGGGUAACCAGGGAGUACCCGACCCUCCCUGAGAUCCUGUACUCUGGGGCCUGCAGAGGGACACAUCAUGGGGAGAAGCUCUCAGGAAGGCAGCAUUAAGUACCCCCUUGAUCCCUGUGAGUUGGAUCACGGAGAAGGCCUGAUGCCCAGUAAGCGGGUCCCCUUCCUGCCUGCAGUCUGGCAGAUGGUGUCUGGAGUAGGUACAGGACUGGUUGCAAGGAGCGGAGAGCAGGGAGGGACAGAGGGAAGGGGAGAGACUUGAUUACCCUCCAUGUAACUGGUGAGGUCCUGAGGCUUCACCCUACGGCCCCAAACUUCAGAAGUCACCGGCUGGGAAUAAAGCCAGGAGGCUCCAUUCAGCUCUGCCCGGUGUCUGUGCAUGCACACGCACGCACAUACACACACACACACACGUGUCACCUCGUCUAAUGACCCCCUCUCCUAAUGAAUCCUUCAUGGAUUUGACAGCACUUGCUUUGGGCUUCACAAAAGCAGAGCCAAAGGCUUAAGGAGAUUAAUUAGGCGCACGGCAGCAAAGCCAUGCAAAUCGGUGCCGUCUGGGAGCUGCGAAGUGGGCGGUUGAGCCCUCCUGCCUGCCCCUGCCACGGUGCCAAGGGGAACGGCAGACAUGCUCGCAGUGCUCGUGGAAGGGGUGAAUGGGUGGGUGAGAAGUGUGGGUGUGUGUAUUCAGGCAGGGGUGAAUAGGGGAUGUGUGUGCAUGUGUAUGUGGAGGAGGGUGGAUUCAUUCAGACAGGUAUACACAGAUGAUGUAUAUGCAUGGGUACUCACAUGGAAAGGAACAUAUAGGUAACGUGUGUUUGCAUGCACAUGCAAAUUGUGUGCAUGUAUGUGGGCAUGUGAGCGCAGACAGGCACAUAUAGGUGCCAUGCUCAUCCCUGCAAGUGAUGUAUGUGUUGGCGAGACAUGCCUUCGCAGGCAGGCAGUGUGUGCUUGCUGCGUGUGCAGUUCUGGUGCAUACACAGUUGCGCGCGGCAGGCUUGCAGACAGAUCCUGAGCAGCCCCUUGGAUCCCAGGUCUGCACCUGCAACAAUGGCCCAGGUGCAUGUUUUGCAUCUGCACGCGUGUAAAAUACUUGGGGGGGAGGUGUGUAAAGAGAAGCAUGCCCUUCAAUGCCUUGAUGCAUGUGGGAAAUGUGUCUGUGCAUGUUUGUGCCAUGUAUGGCGAUAGUGGGUGCAUCUAAGAUCACACAUGCAUGCCUGGCAUGUGCAAGAAGAUAUAACGUGCAUGGGUGGGCAAUGCAAGUGCAAGGGGGCAUGUGUAGAGAUGUGGCGGACGGGUUCCCACAAAGGCUGCAUAAGAGACCCCCUACGUGAGGGCAGAGCAGAGGCAAAGCCACCGGACUGGAGCAGUGGAUCCAGAGGCCUGAGAGGCAAAGGCAGCAGCUCCAAUGCCCCUUAUCAAGGUCAAAGCCCUGAGCUGAGUCCCCUUCCCACCCCAUCCUGCCAUGCUGGGGAGGCCUUAAGUGUCCAGCUCCUUAGCUGCAUCCCAGAUGCGUUCCCAUGGGGCUUUACUGCAGUGUAAACAAGGAGCAGACAGGCCGCACCAGCCCCUGGGGUAAAACCACAUGGAUGCAAAGCUGGUGUGCGUGCAGCUUACCCCAGAAUAGGGCAAAACAGCCUCUCCUGCCACUUAGCUUCAAGAGGCAGCAACAGCAGCCUCUUGCCAGCUGCCUUGGUGGGCACAGCAGGGUGGCAGACUACCCGGGUACAUAGCACUGUGUGCCCAGGCCCUGAGCAAGUCUGGCUUGUGCUUCCCUUGCACUAACCCAGUGCUCUUCUAUUUGCAGUCCCCAACCCCUGCAGCAUCACAUUAAUCAUCAUGCCACAGGGUGGGGUCCAGAUCCUGCUGAGCUGGGCACUGCCCGGCUGCGGCUGGGGUAGGGCUGGGUGACUCUGCUCUGCAGCAGGUGAGGCAGAGACCAGCUCCGCUCUGAAGCUUCAAGCUUUAAGCAAUGAUUAAAACAAGCUGAGGCUGCAGCAGGGGCUGGGAAAGCCCCGGGCGUGAGUGAGCUCCCAAGAGCGGGCGGCUGAGGUGGAGGAGAUGAAAGCAACCCCUCAGCCUCUUGGGAGCUGUGCAGGGAGGAAAGCAGCUGGUGUCUCGGAGGAGAAGGAGCUUCUAUUCUGGGCCCUGCCUGGUCCAGAGGGACAUGGAGCGGGGAAGGCAAAGAGCAGGGGUGCAGGGUGGGGAGGGGCUGGGGGGCAUCCAGAUCAUGCAUCCACCCUCUGAGCAAUGGGAUCGUCACACAGUACUCACAGCACCAAAGCCCCUCCAGGCACCGAGGUCUGGCUCUCUAGCCCCCCUACCCCAAGCACAGAUCACUUGAGCAUCAGUCACUUUGCUCCUUGAGACCGGCCGAGCACAUUCCACCAACCGUCUGGAAUUGCUUCAUCUAGUGCUGCAAUGCAGCUGCCUCUGGGGUGGGACCAGCAGCCCUCGGACAGCUCCCGGUAGGAAUCGCACACGAGAUCCAGCUCAAACAGCUCAAGUGCCACUUAAUUGCCCUCCCAGGCCUCCCAUCCAAGCUGUGACCAGCCCCCCUCUUGCUAAGCUAAUGGGAGCUAAUGAAACCCCCAAGCAGAUGGCUGCAGAUAGCUUAAUAAUAGCCCAUGGCUCCACAGAGCCGACACUCUACCUAGCAAGGCUCCCACCCUCAAUCCCAACCCCAGAGCUAUUGCUCUGUCAACCUGCCUUUGAACCUAGGGCCUGGAUGGAGGCGGGGGCAGCAACUGAGAAUAUUAGUCUCCUCUCCCUUUUCCAGUGUUUUCAGACUGUUUAGAAAGCAAACAACUGGAGGGAGAGAGAGAGAGAAGAGCAGUUCUUAAUAUGGCAACAGCAAAUGUAAUUCUAUUACUGUGAUUUAUUGAUUGCACUCUGAGCAAUUACUGGCUUUCACCCCAUCACCUGCCAGUGGAAGAGAGCGAGAGAGACAGCAAGGAGAAGGAGAAAACAAAGAGGCGGCCACACAUGCCUCCCACCGUUUGGAAACAAGGGCCUCAGAGGAAAGCUUUGAUUUUUUAAUUUGGGCUCUGUUAGGAGAGAUCAUUUGUGUGAGCCCUCUCUCCCCCCACCUUUGGUGGGUCCUUGCUUGGGGACUGGGAGCUGCCUGCUCUGCCUCUGCUGUGGGAUCACAGUGGGAAUUAGGUUGCCAUUGCUCAGAGGAGGGGGGUGGAGGGUGAAAGUGGGCCCUGCAGCUCCCCCCCUUGCUUUGCACAAAGCCACAGCACUGGGCUUGGGGGAGAUGGGAGCAGGGGUCAGCCCCCUACCAGGUCCCGGCUGGAGGGUGAAACUGACCAGGAAAGAAAUUGACAAGGAAAGAAACUGACCAGCCCCUUGCCCCUCCUGGAGUCUUGGGGAGCACAAGGGCUGAAGGGCUGGGGCGUGGAAAGCAGGCACCGGCCAGCUCUGGUACCCUCAUGGGGACAACACUUCCUCUCACCGGGGUGAGGAGCCCAUCACUGCAUGCGAGAAGGGGCAGAGACUGUGGAGGGAAACCAAUUGGGGUCUGACCAGGGGAGCAAGCCCAAGGAUGGCAAGCUGCCAUAGCUUGGGCCACGUUAGGGGCUGCUUUGCAGAAGCCAGUUGCUUCUGGGGGGUGUGAUGGGAACUGGGGCUUCCCAUCCCUGGCUGCAAGCGGGAAGAACUGCCCGGACCUGGGAGAUCUGAGCAAGGUGCAUCCACCUGCUGUGGAGUCUGGCGGGGAGGCGAGAGGGCUCUCUGCUGCAGCCUCCAUGCCCCCAAACCUGCUUGCAGGCUGUUUUGGAGGCAUCAGAAAGCAAAGCCAGCAAGAAGCAAAGGAAACCCAGCAGCAGAGCAUCACCCGCCUUGCCCAGCCCUGCGGCUUUGAUGUAAACAGAGAGAAGCAGCCCAGAGAGCCAAAGAGCCCAGUGCUGCCAGCUGCUUCCAGAAGCUACCCCGUCCUCACUCAAGCUAAUGACUAAGCAGGGGGGUUAGAGGGGACCUUGCAUCAUUUUUUAUGAUCCCAUGCCUAGGAGGAAGGGAGCUCCUUCAAGCUCUGCUUCAUCUCCAGCUGCCCAUUAACCCCACAGCAGCUGGAGGAAAGCAGCCUGCACUGUGCAGGGAUACGGGACCCAGCUCUGAGGAGGGGGGGCCUUGGUCCCUCUGGAUCCCUUAGGGCUGUGCUUUGAACACCUCACAUGGAGGUUUAAAGGGAGAAGCACAGGGCCAAAAUGCUCAGCGACACCCCCAAAGCCACAGUGGGAUUGGGGGAAAAAUUCCCGACUCCAGACUCAGGAUCGAGCCCCAAAAGCUGGAGAGCAAACCAGCGGGUGAGGCUUGAGCUGCAGGACGAGGGGUAGGGGGCUCUGCUUCUGCUGGGGAAGGGGAGGCAUCUCCACCGUGCCGGGGGUACCAGUGAGGGCAGGAUGCCCCAGCUCCCAGGCUAAGCACAAUCCUCCACAAAGCUCGGUCACGGGUCCCCUCCUCCCCACUCCCCCAGAUCUCGGGGGGCUGCCACCUCGCACCUUCAGGCAGCAUGGAGGGGUUGCAUAUAGGAAAGCAAGCUGGACCCUUCAGAGGCCUGUUGGAAAAUCCCAGGCAGGGAAACCUGCACGCUCUUCCCAUCAGCUGGCAGACCCUUGCCCUUAGGAUACUGCCCCUCUCCACCCUGACUGUGGGGUGCCUGAUCCCCCCAGCCGCCGCAGCCUCCUCCCUCUGCUCCCUCCAGCACUGACAGCCAGGGUGGUGGUGGUGGUGGGGGGAGCAGCGCGGCGCGGCGGCCUGGCCUGCAGCCGCCGGUCUGCCGGCGAUGAGCAAUCGCACCAUGACAUCAUCGUGUGAGCUGAGCCUCCCCGGGGGAGCGCGGGGCAGGCAGGCAGGCGGGCAGGCGGGAGUGCAGCGCAGAGCCGGGCGAGGACGCCGAGCUCGUAGGGCAUGCUGGCCGAGCCCAAGUAUGGGCGCUUCCACAACGCCUCCGUGACACCGGCUGAGGACCCACUGCCAGCCCCAGCCAUGAGUGGCAAGGUGGCCGCGGCCCCACCGGCGCCGGCCCCGGCCCCCCCGGCGUCCGCCCCAGCACCCCCCUGCCCCACGCUGGGCGAGGAGCAGGAGGCCGUGACCACCUUCUGCACGCUCAUCCCCAAGAUGCCCCAGUGGAAGUUUUCGGCCCCCUCGGGCUUCCUCAGCCGCAGCCCCUCCAGCGCCAGCAAGGACCUGUCUUCCCCGGCCAAGGCCGGGGGGCCAGGGGAGGCUGGGGGGGCCCCCUCGGGCCUGGCGGCCGUGCUGGGCGCCUGCGAGCCCGUCUGCUCCACGCCGUGUUCCCUGCAGGUCAUGAGCCGGCUGCGCGGCGGGGCGGGGGGCUCCCGCAAGGCCCCCCGGGGCGAGGGGGGACAGCCGGCCGGCGAGGAGUGGAACCGCAAGGGCAGCUUCAUCAACAAGCCGGCGCAGGGCUGGCUGCACCCCGACGAGAGGGUCCUGGGUCCAGGCGUCUCCUAUAUCGUCCGGUACAUGGGCUGCAUUGAAGUGCUGCGCUCCAUGCGGUCUUUGGACUUUAACACGCGGACCCAGGUGACCCGGGAAGCAAUCAACCGUCUGUACGAGGCUGUGCCCGGCGUCAAGGGGGCCUGGAAGAAGAAGGCCCCCAACAAAGCUCUCUUCUCCAUCCUGGGCAAGAGCAACCUCCGCUUUGCCGGGAUGAGCAUCGCCGUCAACAUCUCCAUCGACGGGCUGAACCUCAUGGUCCCCACCACGCGGCAGAUCAUCGCCAACCACCACAUGCAGUCCAUCUCCUUCGCCUCCGGGGGGGACACGGACACGACGGACUACGUGGCAUACGUGGCCAAGGACCCCAUCAACCAAAGAGCGUGCCACAUCCUGGAGUGCUGCGACGGGCUGGCCCAGAGCGUCAUCAACACGGUGGGGCAAGCCUUCGAGCUGCGCUUCAAGCAGUACCUGCACAGCCCCCCGAAGGCAGUGGUGCCGCCCGAUAGAGCGCUGGGCCCCGAGGACUCGGCGUGGGGCGACGAGGAGGACGCGGGCGAGCACGACUACUACAACAGCAUCCCCGGCAAGGAGCCGCCCCUGGGGGGGCUCGUCGACUCCCGGCUCCGGCACGGGCCACCACUGGGCCACGCUGGAUUCCCACUCCGGAGGGACCUGAGCAGCCACCCAGGCCCCCCCUGGGAUGUUGAUGCCCACGGCCAGCCCUGCGACGGGUACCUGCAGGCUGACGGGCAGCCCCUGGGACCCCGCGACUACGAGGACCACAUGUACGUGAACACGCAGAGCCUGGAUGGCUGGGAGGCAGAGCCUGGGGGCCACGGGGUGCCGGAAGAGAGCCCCAAAAAGGACCUCUUUGAUAUGAGGCCUUUCGAAGAUGCCCUGAAGCUGCACGAGUGCACAGUGGCAGCAGGCAGCGCCAGCCCCGCCCUGGAGGACCGGUGGCCCAGCCCCCCCACACGCAAGGCCCCCAUCGCCCCCACGGAAGAGCAGCUGAAGCGGGAGCCCUGGUACCACGGGAAGAUGAGCCGGCGGGACGCCGAGAAGCUGCUGCAGGUGGACGGGGACUUCUUGGUGCGGGACAGCAUCACCAACCCGGGGCAGUAUGUCCUCACGGGCAUGCACGGCGGGCAGCCCAAGCACCUCUUGCUGGUGGAUCCAGAAGGCGUGGUGAGGACCAAGGACGUGCUGUUUGAGAGCAUCAGUCACCUCAUCAACUUCCACCUGCAGAACCAGCAGCCCAUUGUGGCGGCCGAGAGCGAGCUGCACCUGCGGCAGGUGGUGGCCAGGAAGCAGUGACCGCUGGGUGCGUAGCCAGCGCCCACCUCGUGCGGGGACCCCGAUUCUCCCCUGCCCAGGCUUAGGGGGUGCCUUGAUCGGUGCAACCAUAGGGGCCCUUGAGUGCUGCCCCUCGUCUGGGGGGGGCAGGCAGGGGGGUCUGAUGGGGAUUGCUGUGGACUGCGGCCAUGUCCCACCCCCCUCUCUGUCUCCCGCAGGUGGUCGCCGCGCUCCAUCCCACCCCUGCGACCGGCAGCCCCCGCCAGCUGGGCUCCCGCCUGGGACGGGGCAAUGCUAUUUACCCCACAUGCGUGAGAGCAAUGCUCCCCUUCCCCCUCCCUGCCCCGCCACGGAGCCCAGCACCGACGGACCAGGAACGGGCCCCACCCCGGCCCCCCGGCUGUCCUUGUUCCCUUGACACGCCGGAGAGCAGAGCACGGCAGCCAGGACGCCUGGGCUCCUUUCUCCUUGCUCUACUGCUGACUUCCUUUGGGGCUGGGGGGGAGAAGCGCGGGGAGGGAGAAGGUGUGGGCAAGUGGUGUCACCACUCUGUGCCUCAGUUUCCCCCCUCUGUAAAAUGGGGGAGGAGGAAAUUGCCUGAGCUCCCUCGCAGGCAGAGGGGUGGGGGGUAGGGUCAUUAUAGGUGGGGGCUGCUGGGCUCCAAGGUCAGCUGCUAAGGACCCCCGGAGCGGAGGGGAGACCUCAGCAGGUGGGGGAGGAUGUGCCUGCCAUGCAGAGCUCCUACCAGCACGAGGCUUAUUGCACCAGGGGGCUCAAAGGCCUUGGAAGAGAGAAGAGCAGAGCUGCUGGGGGCAGGGUGGAUGGAUCUGCCACCCACCCGCAUGCCCUCCGCCAGCCUGAGGCUAUGCCAGCACCUUGCAGUCCUGCCUAGGAGAGGGCUCUGUCUCUUCCCCACCCUCCUGCUUGCCCAGUCACCCUUCGGGCAGGGGGCUGGGGUGGGGAGGGGGAAAUUUGUUGCCCUGCAGCUUGGCUCAGGUUAGCACUGCUUGGAGCAUCUCUGGUCCCUGCCUCCUGGCACCGUGCACGGUGGGCUGGGGGGUAACGGGCUCCCCAUCUUGCAAGGGCUGGCCCCUGUGGGUCAGGAUCGUUGUCCCCGCUCGCCCCGCCGCCGGCAUCCCGCAGGGGCCCAUGCACACGUCCCGCCCGGCAGCACCAGGCUCGCGCUCUGCGCUGCUUCGCACAGGGCUCACGCGGUGCCCGCAGGGCUGAGCACCCGCCCAUGGGGACGGACCCCCCACACAGCGGCACGGGGCAGGACAGACCUGUGUGGACGCCCGCUGUCCCGAGAGCCUCCUCGUUUGGAAUAUGUUUCUAAUUAAACCCAGAAAUGAC